UGCCCGAACCGCUCCAGGCGGUGGGAAGCGACUCUUUUGCCUGUGCAAUGCCCCGAAGGCUUUUUCCAUUUCCGCGGCCCCUUCCGCUCUCCAUCCCUCACCUCUGGUCCCUGGACUUCAGCUCAGGCCCCCCGGGGAGCGUCUCUGGCCCGGGGCUGACAGCAUUUGGGGGCGCAGGGUCCUGUUCUCUGCGCUAAGGCCAUCUGCGCGCAGAGCCUCGUUCCCGGGCGCCGGGAGCCCGGCGGGCAUUGACGUCAAGCGGCGGCGGAGCGCUGCCUACAGACGGUUGACCCGGGCCCUCCUCCACACCCCCUUCCUUCCUCGCCCCCUCCCUCUUCUCCGCUCCCGGACCCCGGCUCGCUAUAAAAGGCGGGAGCCAGGGGCGCCUGGCAGCGAUGAGUUUCAGCACCAUGGAGAGCCCCCGCCUGCGCCUGCUGCCCCUCCUGGGCGCCGCCCUGCUGCUGAUGCUACCUCUGCUGGGCGCGCGUGCCCAGGAGGACGCCGAUCUCCAGCCGCGAGCCCUGGACAUCUACUCUGCCGUGGAGGACGCUUCCCACGAGAAGGAGCUGAUCGAAGCGCUGCAGGAGGUCUUGAAGAAGCUCAAGAGUAAACGAAUUCCUAUCUACGAGAAGAAGUACGGCCAGGUCCCCAUGUGUGAUGCCGGUGAGCAGUGUGCAGUGCGGAAAGGAGCCAGGAUUGGGAAGCUGUGCGACUGUCCCCGAGGGACCUCCUGCAACUCCUUCCUCCUGAAGUGCUUAUGAAGGGGCUUCCACGCUCUUCCAUCAGUCCCCACUCUCCCCCACCCCCUCCACUGCCCCCCACCCCGAGGACCACACCUUCCUCCCUGGAGUUUGGCUUUAGCGACAAAUAAAGUUUGCAUUUCCCUCUAAGGGCAAGGGGCUCUUUUCCUGCUGUUUCAAAAUAAAAGAACACAUUAUAUGUUACUGUGUGAAGGAUAAUGCCUUGUACGGUGUUGCUAUGUGUGCAAAGUACCCUUUUCUUAUUUUAUUUGACGAACUCUUGUGUACUGUCGUGUAAAGAAGGAGAACUUUGCUUUGAAAAUUGUAUUUUUCUAUGUGGCAUGGCGGAGUGAAAAUUAGGUCUAGUUAAUCUUGGUAGAUGACAUCACCACCUGGAAACUAAAUCACCCCAAGCAACACAAAGUGAAGCAUGUACAAAUUAUACAUAAUAAAGUGUUUUUAAUUACUGCUCA